CCCCCCCCCCGCCCGACUUUCACGCGUGAGCACCCAACCAUGUCCGCGGCCGAGAUCCGCAAGCUCGAGGCCGAACUUGAGGCGACGGCCACCGAAUUCGAUCGCGAAAAGGAGGUCGAGCGCAUCCUCAAAGCCUUUACCCACUCGCCGUACGAUGUGCUCGGGCUGCUGCCAUCGUCGCGACUGACGGACGCCGAGAUCCAGCGGCACUACCGGCGGGUGUCGCUGCUGGUGCAUCCGGAUAAGUGCUCCCACCCGAAGGCGCGCGAUGCCUUCCAGCGUUUGGAGAAGGCGCGCGGGGAGCUGCGCGAUGAGAACCGCAGCGCCUUCCUGGUGGGGCUGGUGCAGGACAUCGAGUCGCGCCUGGAGGCGGAUUUGCCGCCCGGGGCGCCGGUGCCUCCGGAGUCUGUGGCGCGCGAGUUGCGCCGGUACCUGGCCGAGGCGGCGCUGGCGCGCAUGGAACGCGAGCGCCGGGCCAAGGAGGAUGAGAAGCGCGAGCGCGAGGCCGUCGAGCGGGCCAAGGCCCAGCACCAGAAGGCCGCCACCCAGGCGGCCGUUUGGGAGGACGAGCGCGACGAGCGGGUGGCCAAUUGGCGCGCGUACCAGAACCACUCCAUGGCUCGGACCCGGGCGGCGCAGAAGUCCCGGACCGCGGCGGCGGCGGCCGCCGGCCCGGGGCGAGGCCUGGCCCCGGGCGGCAUUGGCCUUCGGCGCUUCCCCACCCUGCGGCCAGAGGCGGCCACCCGGCGCGACACGCAGCGCCAGCUGAACCGCGGCCCCACGAUGUCGGACCGUGCGGAUGACUGAGGGCAAAGGCAUGUGCCCGGAUGUGGCUGCGCUUCUCUUCGUGUUGGCCUUUUUUCUUCUUCUUCUUUUUCCCCUCCCAUCUCCUGCCCAUCCGGCUCUGCACACAGGGGCCCCUUGGUGGCUGCGCGGGUGGGAUAAUACCAUACAGUGCGAGUGUGUGACCCGAAGUAGCCCUGCCUCCUUGCUGCCUUUUUUUUUUUUUUUUCU